UGUCAUGAGGAUACGAGCCGCCAAUAGGCGCGCGAUUCUUGGAUCUGUGUAUCCGGACGACCGUCACAUCAUCGUAUCAGCGAAUGUCAGUCUCUGUUCGGCGUAAGCUCUGCACAAACGACUUGUACUAAUCGCAGUUCCUAGACAUCCACCAUCGUACAAUUUGUCCAUCUAGAUUACGGUAUGGAACAUUGCAGCGUGAUGUUCUCUUUGCCCCCACCCAGUCGUGGAUUUGAUCCGGAAGUGGUAAUCCAGGAGGAGUCAUCUAUCGAUGUAUGGCUCUUAGAUUCAAUCUGGUCGGAACGGCUCAUACGCGUAGCAGCGGGGGAAGUGGUGCCGAGGAGAAAGACGUUGGUGGCGACCAUUCGACCUUACGGUGGCAAUCAGACGGUAGAGCGCUUCUACUGUCCCUCGGGAGGUCAUACGAUGCUCGAACUCGCGUGCUCAAAAUCCAGCAGUCAGCCCUGUCACCUGGAAUUUUGGCAAAAUGGGGAAAUUUUCCCUCCUGCAGGUACGCGAUUGGAUGGUACUUAGAGUACACAAACGAAACUGACCGAGCUUCUAAGGCAUAUACAUAGUACAAGAGAGCAGUCCAUGUAAUUGACUCUUUU